UAGCGGUGUGGAGACGGAGGUGGACCAGGGUCUAAGGGAGACAUUGGUGUUUGCAGUGCGAGGAGUGCUGCAUUGCAAGUCAAGAGGAUCUGGAUACCUCAAAGAAAACUGAAAGGCACAGACGAUGGGAGAUGCGGCAAAACCUUGUUUUUUCAAGCGAAAUAAGGAACGUGGAAUUAUAGAAGAUGAUUUCAGGAGGGCUUCUCCACAACCAGACUAUUUAAUAAUGGAUGAUUCUGGUAAUGGACAUGGCAGUAAAACAGAAAAAGGCCUUCCCCCCAAAAAAGGAACACCAGGGAGCUAUGGGAACAGCCCCAGGAAAGGACACGCUAUUUCAAGCAGUCCAAAUGUACCUAAAAACAUGGGUCACGGUCAAGGAGCAAGAACAAAUGACAGCCACAAAGAUAAUAUUAAGAGAUGGCUAUCUGAUGAAUUGAACGAAACAGAUAACUGGUUAGAUUUCAAAACUGGCUCUAGGAUUCCUGUUAUAAAUCGACCAAGAAAAGAUGCAUUUCAGGAAGGUGAAGAUGGCCAUAGGUGGCAAGAUGGAAGAGGAUGCAGAAGUGUAAGAUGGCAACUUCAAAAAGACCUAACAAACAUAGAAAUUUCAGAAAUGCAAACAGGAGGCUCUGAAAACAAGAAGCCAAAGAAACCCAGAAAAUCGAGGAGAACUAGAAAAGAAGAACAUGAUGAAGAGGAAGAUAUGGAUGGCCCUGUUAUAGAUGAGUCAGUGCUGUCAGUGAAAGAACUACUGGGCUUACGACAGGCUGAGGAACGAUUAAAGAGAGAUUGUAUUGACAGGCUAAGAAAGCGCUCACGAAACUACCCCACAGCAAAAUACAUAUGCAAGCUCUGUGAUGUCUUAGUUGAAUCCAUUGCAUCUGCUCAUAAGCACAUCAAAGAGAAGAGGCACAAGAAAAACAUAAAGGAAAAACAUGAAGAACAGCUGCUUACUACCUUGCCUCCACCAACACCCUCCCAGAUAAAAGCUAUUGGUGUUGCCAUUGACAAAGUGGUAGAGGAGUUUGGCUUAAAUAAUGAAGACUUAGAACAAAGACUUGAAAUAAAACAAACCAUGGAAAAACUGUUCCAUCAGAAGUUACCAGAUUGUUCUUUAAGAUUGUAUGGGUCAUCUUAUAGCAGAUUUGGUUUCAAAAAUUCGGACUUAAACAUUGAUGUUCAGUUUCCAGCCACUAUGACUCAACCAGAUGUGCUCUUACUUAUUCAAGAAUAUUUAAAGAACAGUGAAUCUUUCAUUGAUAUUGAUGCAGAUUUCCAUGCUAGGGUGCCAGUGGUGAUGUGCCGAGAAAAACAAAGUGGCCUCGUUUGUAAAGUGAGUGCAGGAAAUGAAAAUGCUUGUCUGACCACAAAUCAUUUAGCUGCUCUUGGAAAACUAGAACCUAAAUUGAUCCCUUUGGUAAUUGCAUUCAGGUACUGGGCAAAGCUUUGCUGUACAGAUCAUCCUGAAGAAGGGGGCUUACCACCCUAUGUAUUUGCCCUAAUGGCCAUUUUCUUUCUUCAACAAAGAAAAGAACCAGUUCUGCCCGUAUAUCUAGGAUCAUGGAUUGAAGGAUUCUCAUUGAACAAACUAGUAAAUUUUACCCUUAAAGAAGUUGAAAAUGAUUUGGUGGUUUGGGAACAGACUACUUCUACGAGAGAUGAUGAAUCAUCUAAGGAAACAUCUUUUAAAAGAGGAAAGGUUCCAUUGGUAUUUGACUUAGAAAACCAGUGUUCUGUACCAGUUGGGCAGCUUUGGGUGGAAUUGCUUCGUUUCUAUGCUUUAGAAUUUAAUUUGGGUGAUUUGGUCAUCAGUAUACGUGCCAAAGAAGCUAUAUCUCGUGAAGCAAAGGAUUGGCCCAAAAAGCGCAUUGCUGUGGAAGAUCCAUACUCCAUUAAGAGGAAUGUGGCAAGAACCUUAAACAGUCAACUGGUUUAUGAAUAUAUACUUCAUUGUUUAAGAGCAACAUAUAAGUAUUUCGCUAUCCCACACAAAAAAGCAACAAAGGCCACCCCCAAAAAGCCUUUGAAUAUAAAUGUCGAUGCACUUCAAACAUCCGAACACCUAAAAGAUGAUGUAAAAAAAGAUGACGUAAAGCAUGACCCUGAGGUACAAGAAAUAAAUAACAAAAUCAUGGUUAUGGGUGACUGUAUUGAUGCUACUGAUACAUUAGAAAACUUUCAGGCACAUCAGAGGAAUACUGUAAAGAUGUUUGAUGGUUUUGAAAGCCCAACAGAGGAAUUAGGAGAUGUUCAAGUUCGAAUCAACCAAGGAGACUUCGAUUGUAUCAUUGAAGAAGUAAUUUUUGAUGAUUCCGAGGAUUUCAAACCACACUAUGAGGAAACAGAAAGUGGAAAUGAUGAAGAUGAGGAGGAGGAGGAAGAACUUGACGUAAGACAAGACUGGGAGAAAAAUUUAACAACUAUGGAUCAAGAAUUAGAUGAUGACAGUGAAAAUGGAGAACUACUUGCCCAUAACAAUGACCUUGAUAUGGAGACUGACAGCAUUUCAGAUUUAGAGAGUUUCCAAAACAUUACAAUAACUGAAAGGGAUGACUUUGUUACUGUAGAUGACAAGGCUGACAUGGAUGAGGAAAGCACAGAAGGUACAGAUGAAUUAGAAGACUCAAACAAGGUUGGACAUUCAGUACAGGGCCAGACAUCAGAAAUCACUAAUUCAGAUGAUGAGGAAGAGGAUGAAGAAGCAGCCAGGCAUACCAUCAAUGAAAGAGAUAGUGUUACUGUACAAAACGAUUUGGACACAUACACUGGAUAUGGAGAUGAGGAUGCCCUCUCUGAAGAGGAUGGAUUAGUUGUUCCUGUUAAAUAUGAAGAUUUAAAAGAAGUUAGAAAAAAUUUAGAUGAACCCUUGCUAAUGCAAUUAAAUGAAAAGCAUCCUCUUAAGGAAGAAAAUGUAUGUGAGGAAGAUUCAACUGUAGAUCAUUUGGAUUUAUUCUAUGAAUUUAGUAAACCUGUCUUCACCAAGGGCAAGCCUCCUACUGUAGUAUGUAGUUUGUGCAAGCGAGAGGGCCAUCUAAAGAAGGAUUGCCCUGAAGACUUCAAAAAAAUAGAACUGGAUCCUUUGCCGCCAUUAACACCCAGAUUUUCAAAUAUCUUAGAUCAAGUUUGCAUCCAGUGUUACAAGGAUUUUUCUGCAACUGCUUUAGAAGAUCAGGCUCGUGAACAUAUUCGGCAAAACCUGGAAAAUUUCAUAAGACAAGAGUUUCCAGGCACCAAAUUGAGCUUAUUUGGUUCUUCCAAAAAUGGAUUUGGGUUCAAACAGAGUGACUUGGACAUCUGUAUGACAAUUGAUGGACUUGAAACUGCUGAGGGAUUAGAUUGCAUUAGAAUGAUUGAAGAACUAUCAAGAGUCCUCAAAAAACAUUCAGGGCUCAGAAAUGUCUUGCCCAUUACUACAGCAAAAGUACCAAUUGUCAAGUUCUUCCAUGUGAGAAGUGGUCUGGAAGUGGAUAUCAGUUUGUAUAACACAUUGGCCCUUCAUAAUACCAGGCUUUUAGCUGCUUAUUCCACCAUUGAUCUCAGAGUGAAAUAUUUGUGCUAUACUAUGAAGGUAUUUACAAAGAUGUGUGAUAUUGGCGAUGCAUCAAGAGGAAGCUUGUCAUCAUAUGCAUAUACUCUUAUGGUGCUCUACUUCCUACAACAAAGGAAUCCACCAAUUAUUCCUGUUCUUCAAGAGAUAUACGAAGAGGAGAAAAGACCUGAAAUAAUUGUCGAUGGUUGGAACACUUAUUUUUUUGAUCGAAUAAGUGAAUUGCCAGCCUUUUGGCCAGAACAUGGAAAAAAUACAGAGUCUGUUGGGGAGCUAUGGUUGGGACUUCUUCGAUUCUAUACAGAAGAAUUUGAUUUUAAAGAACAUGUUAUUUGUAUCAGGAGAAAAAGUCUGCUUACAACUUUCAAGAAGCAGUGGACCUCAAAAUACAUUGUUAUUGAAGAUCCCUUUGAUUUGAAUCAUAAUCUUGGUGCUGGAUUAUCAAGAAAAAUGACAAAUUUUAUAAUGAAGGCUUUUAUCAAUGGUAGAAGAGUGUUUGGUAUCCCAGUAAAAGGAUUCCCUAAAGAAUAUCCUUCAAAAAUGGAAUAUUUUUUUGAUCCAGAAGUAUUAACAGAAGGAGAAUUGGCACCAAAUGACAGAUGUUGCAGAAUUUGUGGUAAAAUUGGACACUUUAUGAAAGACUGUCCCAUGCGGAGAAAAGUGAGGCGCCGGCACGAUCAUGAAGAUAUUAAAAACCAAAGAUACCCUGAAAACAACGAAAAAAGAAACAAAGAAGACAAAGAAAUUCAAAAUAAGAACACAGAAAGAGAGAUGUUGGUAAAAGAGGGAAAGUUACAGUGUACACCUCAGAAAAUCAAACAAGCAAGAGGGGUAGUACUGGAAAUGGGAAGAGACAAAAUUUCUAGGCAAUCUUUAGAAAAAUGGAAGCGACAAGAUGACAAAGACUUAAGAGAAAAACGUUGUUUUAUUUGUGGAAGAGAAGGACAUAUUAAAAAAGAUUGCCCACAGUAUAAAGGAGCUACAGGUAUGUCUAAAUCGGAUGGUGUGUUUGGGUCUUCUUCCCCUGGUCCCUUGAAACAAACCGGCAAACUCAGUCAGGCAAUUCAUUUACAUGAAGAAAAAAAGAAACAAAAAGCAAAAAUAUUUUUGAGUCCCCAAUCAGGCAGCCUUUCCAGUAAAUACAUGACUCAGGGAAAAGCCUCACAGAAGAGGACCCAACAAGACUCUGAGGGAAUAGAGCACCAUUAAUGGCAUUUACAUGCACUCUGAAAAUGAGGCUAUUAUAGCUAAAGCAGCUUGGGUGUACAGGACAUGGCAGCACAUAUCAGGCUUCAACUUAACAUUUAAGAGAAAUGGCAGUUGGUUUUUCUUGGUUUUUAUUUAAUGAAAUUGCUAAUUUUUUUAAAGAAACUUUUAAUAUUGUCCACCUGCCACAGGCACCUGCUCUCACUAAAUUUGAGCAAUUUAAUUGAAAUCCAUUUUGUUUGUCUUUGGUAACUAGAUUUAAAAAAUGUGUAGUUAGGGCCUAGUAUGUAAUAAAUACACUUCCCAUGGUUUUUAAUCCUUUCAAAACAUACUAAAAAUAUGGUGUAGAAAUUAGCCCUACUCCCUCCCCCAAAAAUGUAGUUUUUGUUUUGAAAAGGGAAAAUGAUAUUUAUUGUUGUUUACUGAAUCCUUGUGUAAAAGUGUUUCAUACACUGUGUCUCAAAAAUAAUUUAAAAGACAUCUGUAGAAAAUUUGAUAACAUGGACAUUAGUAAACUUUUAUGUAAAAUUUCCAUGGACAAGGAGUGCCAUUGAGUUUUGGUUUUUCUUUUGUUUUCCCCUUCUCUUUAAAUAUGAGUUGACAUACUUGCUGCAUUUAUGUAAAAAUGGAGAUGUGAAACAAGUUGUCCUGUUUGAUGCUGCUAAAAAUAUACUUCUACUAUCUGUAAAACAUGUCAGAGAAAUAUGUUCUUUCACUGUGGAUUUCUAAUGCUGUACAAAUUGAAGAGGCCAUACCUGCCAGUCAAGAUCUCAGUAUCAUCUUGGGCUGUUUAAAGACCUUCAGAGAUAAAAUCUUUAACAUCAGAAGUCACUGAAAAAUAAUAUGUCUAGUAAAUGGUCUGAACUAUGCUUCCAUUAUUUAUGACUUUGAAAUAAAAAGCAAAUUUUCAAUCUUUA